AUGAAGGGCAGCAACAGAACGCUGGUAAAGCUGCAUUACGAUAUGGUGAUAGACGAGAGAACAUACAAGGAUGGUUUCAGUAAUGGGACAGCCUUAAGCGCGGCCUACUUCGGUCAAGGCAGUUCGAGUAUCCUUUUUGGUGACGUGCAGUGUAACGGUACCGAAACAUCUAUCAUGUCGUGUCGCCAUUCCGGUGUUGGAAAUCAUAACUGUGGUCACCAGGAGGAUGCCGGAGUUAAAUGUAUCCCUAAAUGUGGCAAACAUCAAUCUACAGGACAAUACCCCUGGAAAGUGCGUGUGCAAAUACAACGCGAGAAGGCAGUAUCGAUUUGUGGCGGAACCAUCAUUGAUCAACGUUGGAUUCUCAGCGCAGCACAUUGUUUUGCAGACAAUGAGACGCUUGGUGCCGUAACAGGCGUCAUUGUGCACGUUGGAUCUCAAGACUUAUCUCGACAGGUGUUAAAAUUCAGACCUGAUCAGAUAAUAUUCCAUCCAAGCUUUAAUUGUCGUCGACCUCUGGAACAUUAUUCAAGACAGAAACGUAUAGCUGGAGGGAAAAAUGCAGAAAAGGGCUUCUAUCCAUGGCAUGCUGGAGUUCGCAAACGAAGCAGGAGAUCAUCGCAUGUGUGUGGAGGAAUAAUUUUGAACGACCGUUGGAUCCUUAGCGCAGCGCACUGUUUUUGGAACAUAUUCAAAGAUGACAUUAUAGUUUAUACCGGUGACCACGACCUUUUGGAAAAGGAUACCUUUGAAGAACAGUUUGAGUUGGAGCACCUUAUUAAACAUCCUAAUUAUACAGAUCCUUCCUUUGAUUUUGACAUUGCCCUGAUGAAGGUGAAACUAAACAAUGGGUAUGGCAUACAGUUUAAUGAUGAAGUACAGCCAGCGUGUCUGCCGGAUGCUAGCAUGUAUUACGAGACUGGGCUCACAUGCCACAUCUCUGGAUGGGGUCAAACGUCCUUUAGAGGUUCCAAAGAUCAGACUGUGCUUCGCGCAGCAGAAGUUCGUUUAAUUGAUGAUGAUGACUGCAAAAUAGCAUACGGUACACGCAUAACUCCGAACAUGGUGUGUGCCGGUUAUAUGGAAGGAGGCAUCGAUACCUGUUUUGGAGACAGAGGCGGACCUCUGGUGUGCAGCGUUGAGGAUCUUUACUACGUUAUGGGCGUAAUAUCAUGGGGAAGAGGAUGUGCUUUACCAGGAUACCCAACUGUCUAUGCAAAGGUGGCGGCUUUUCAGUCCUGGAUUGAGACCACGAUUGCGUCGUAUCCAUAAAUAAAAAACGUCUUCUGCAAAGUGGCUGUACAGCAUUAAUUCUAUUUGAAGACAGAAUGUUCAUAUUGUAACAAAUAUGAAUUAGGUGAUUGCAGAAGCUUAUUUCAGUGUUUUCUUAAUUGUGUCCAUUGCCGAAAGUACUCGUAGUACAGAUAUAUGUUCAUAUGUUCCAGAUAGGAAGCCAUUGGCUUAUUUUCUUGUGGCAUACAAAUUAUUCUUUACACGUUUGUGAAUGUAAGGGCUAUUAAAACAUUUAUUAUCAUCCUCACGCUUUUAAAAGCGUGGGGAUAU